ACCAUCUACGCCGACAUACCUCACAGGGGACUACCUGCUGCACGUUGUCGAGAGUUGUGUGCCGCAGUCGCAAACUCUGGAUUGGCCAGUCUGGCGGCUCAUGCAAGUACCUCAAGCUUGUACCAAGGCCAGGGCGGACAGAUCAUCGAGGCAGACAGCCUCGCUGAUUCCGCUGCUGAUGGUCCACCCGCGACAGACGAGCCGCCGCCUCAAUACAACGAGCCUCCAGAGCAAUCUUCUGCUUCUCAUGAAUACGGUAAUAGCAAGAAGCGGCGCCGCACGAGUGGCAGCAGCUCAGGGCCCAACGAGCCGAUCAGCCGCAGGGUCAUGCAGGAUAUGCUAGACGCGAGCUUCUCCGCGCUCAGACAGCACUUUGAUGACAGGCUGGGUGCUCACAGGAGGGAAAUGGUAGAGCUACUGGACAGGUCCGAAUCCCGGAUUCUGGACGCCCUUCGCAAGGAGAUGGAUGAGCGCUGCGACGGGAUGCAGGAGGUCCUCGAGGAUAGGGUGCGCGAGGAGAUGGCCGAGGUGGAGGAUAACGUCAUGCGAAACAUUAGUGAGAUGCCUCUGCAGGCGACCUUGACGUUUCCUCAACACCCUUGGUAUUGACGACCUGCUGAAUCAUCGGCGGCAACCCACCCAUCUCGAGCAGUGCAGUCGGCUGUACAGGCCAUGUCCAAUUUGCCAUAGACUCGUCAUCAUAAUGAAGCAUCUUCCACUGGUUCCU